AUGCAAGACGGGACAAGCGCGCAAGACGGAACAAACCUACAAGACGAAUCGCCUCUCCAAGAUUCCUUGCCCGUAGAGACAGAAACCCCUCAAGAGGAGGUAAAGAUGCAAUCCAUGGCCCCAUCUUCUGACACACCUGUUCAAGAGUUUACCUGUACGGCGAUAGCGGAUAUUGACAGAGCCGACAGCCCUGUUGAAGACCCUAAGGUUAUCCUCAAGAACCUACAGGAGACUUUUCAGAACAUAAUCGACGAUAAAAUAGCGAACAUACCUCUUCGCUUGAUAGAUACCCACAGCGGCAUCCUAUACACCAGCAAUGACCUGGAGGGGAUUUUCAAAGAGUCAGAGGAGUACCGGCGACUCUACGGAAACCUUCUAUCAACUUCCGUGUCUAAGCUUCAGCGCAAAGUUGACAAGUUCUUUCGAUAUGCAAUGCUCUCCCACAAGUGGGCAAGUGCGGCGGACGAACCUCAGUAUUGGCAGAUCAAGGGAAGUUUAUAUGAGAUGGAUUCCCCACGGGAAAUCUCCAAGCUGCAACAGUUCUGUACCACCUCGAAGAAAGAAGGCUACCGAUGGGCAUGGAGCGAUACGUGUUGUAUCGAUAAAACGAACAACGCUGAGCUUCAGGAAUCCGUCAUCUCUAUGUUUUCUUGGUACAAGGAUUCGGCAAUCACUAUCGUCUACCUUGCAGACGUUUCCGAUAUUUCGCAGUUGAAGGAUAGUCAGUGGUUCAAGAGAGGCUGGACGUUGCAGGAGCUCCUCGCACCCCAAUUCAUUCGAUUCUACAAGCAGGAUUGGCAGCCACUAAUCGAUUCUGAUCAGAAUCACAAAGUCGAACUUCUGUCCAUUCUCCACGACAUCACUCACAUCGAUAUCGAUGUUUUGAAGGUAUUUCAACCCGGCGUCGAUAACGUCAAGAAGCGGUUGAGUUGGGUGGGCAAUAGGACAACCAAGAAGAUCGAAGACAUUGCCUAUUGUCUCAUGGGUAUUUUCGGCAUCCACAUGCCUGUAAUGUACGGGGAGAAACAUAAUGCCUUUGUGCGGCUUCAGAAGGAGAUCAUGGCGCUUACUGAUGACCUCUCACUCUUCGACUGGUUGGGAGAGUCGUCGACCCUUCACAGUUACUUUGCUGCGCAUCCGAGGUGCUUCAUGACCCCAUCUUAUGACGCUCGACAGGACUCCACUUCAUCGAAAUUCGAAUUCAGGUUGCUCAAAACUUCGAAAUGUAUCACCAGCGGCUUGUCUUCUUCAGCUCGCAAGCUUGUCAAGGACGUUUUGAGCAGCCCGCCUCACGGACGUUUCAUUGCAAAUGGGAGAAUGUGUAUGCCCUUUUUUGUUCACGAAGUGGUCACCCUUAUUCCAAACCAAAACAAACCCGGAAUUUUAAGCUAUCUCGUCAAAGCUGAAGGCCUCGCGGAGCUCGAGGUCAUCGUCACACAGCAGCUAGUUUCUUUAUAUGGAAAGAAGCUGGGCGUCAGGUAUCGCAUCGUGCGAAUGUGGGACGCGAGGCUUGUUCAACGUCCGUCUACAGACGCCGAGGCCCCUGAUGCACUGACUGUCGAUAAACAUGAUUCUCCGGAGCCACCGACAACAGAGGGCUCCCCGAAACAGAAUGAGGACAAGAAAAAGGACGGGGACGAGGAAAAGGACGAGGAAAAGGGUAAGGACGAGGACAAGGCAAAAGAUAAGCGAAAGGACAAGGAAAAGCGAAAGGACAAGGACAAGGAAAAAGAAACGGAAAGUUGGGUUGGCAGAUCCAUGGAGUUCGUUACCGACAUUGCCGACAUGGUCACUCAGAACACUGCUGUUGCAUUGAUUCGGAAGCUGCAAGAGCCGUUUGUUGCUCAACUUCUUUGUUCGCCUGGUGACAAGCAGCCUUGGCGGAGGGUUGGAACUACCACCCGCGUCAUUGCUCACGCAUCCUCUGGGUCCAUUAAUUUCAGGGCCCUCGAAAAUGUCAUUGUACACUAAAUCUUUACCACUGUAUCGCUGCUCGCACCCAUAUUGCUGUGUUGUUCAUAUUUUACUA